AUGCCCGGCAUCGAUCCCUCGAUCAUCGUGCACAGGCUGAACGCGGAUCCCAGCUUUAGACCUGUGAGGCAGAAGAGAAGGACCUUCGCCCCCGAGAGAAACCAGGCGGUAGCUGAUGAAGUAUCGAAGUUGUUGGUGGCAGGGUUCGUCCGAGAGGUUGACUAUCCCGAGUGGCUCGCCAAUGUCGUGCUAGUAAAGAAGUCCAAUAACAAGUGGAGAAUGUGCGUGGACUUCACCGACUUGAACAAGGCUUGCCCAAAGGAUAGCUUUCCACUGCCUCGCAUAGACCUCCUUGUCGAUUCAACUUCUGGGCACCAACUCCUGAGUUUCAUGGACGCGUUCUCGGGAUACAACCAAAUACAGAUGGUGGAAGAAGAUCAGGAGAAGACCUCUUUCAUUACCGAUCGGGGCCUGUAUUGUUACAAGGUGAUGCCGUUUGGGCUGAAGAACGCGGGCGCUACGUAUCAGAGGCUGGUGAACAGGAUGUUUGAGAAGCAAAUGGGCCGGAAUGUGGAAGUGUACAUUGAUGACGUGCUCGUGAAAAGUGUGGAGGCCCGGGAUCACGUCUCCGAUCUGAAGGAGACGUUCGAUACGAUAAGGCGUUACCGAAUGAGGUUAAACCUGGCUAAGUGCGCCUUCGGUCCGAAGGCAUUUGUGUGGGAUUCGAAGUGCGAAGAGGCCUUUGGGAAUUUGAAGGAAUAUUUGAUGAACCCCCCUCUCUUGAGUCGACUAGUGGAAGGAGAUGUCCUCUAUAUGUACUUGGCUGUAUCACCCUCGGCGGUCUCCUCAGCUCUCGUCCGGGAAGAGAAGGGUGUGCAAAAGUCGGUGUACUUCAUGAGCAGAGCGCUCCGCGGAGCGGAAGAGAGAUACCCAAGGAUAGAAAAGUUGGCAUUUGCCCUGAUUGUGUCCGCUCGGAAACUGAGGCCUUACUUCCAGGCGCACGCCAUCCGAGUACUAACUGAGUACCCCUUGAAGAAGGUCCUCCAGAAACCGGACCUGUCGGGUAGGCUGGUCAACUGGGCAGUGGAACUCGGGCAAUUCGACAUUGAGUUUCAUCCGCGAACGGCGAUUAAGGGCCAAGCACUGGCCGAUUUCUUCCUUGAAUUUUGCAACACUCCAGAGCCCGAGGACCCAUGCCAACGCAGCGGUGUGGGAGUGAUACUGGAGAGCCCGCAGAAGCAGAAGUUCCAGUAUGCCAUCAAAUUGGACUUCGCCACGACCAACAAUGAGGUAGAGUAUGAAGCGGUACUGGCGGGCCUGGCAAUCGCCCGGGAAGUAGGGGCCCUCGAUGUCAAAAUCCGGAGCGAUUCACAAGUGGUCGUUGGUCAGAUCUCGGGAGAAUUUGCCACGCAAGGAGGCCGACUGGCCAAAUACUUGGAAAAGGUGCAUGACCUACAAUCUAGUUUCAGAACUAUGACGGUCACGAAGAUCCCUCGCGAAAGAAAUGUUCAAGCGGAUGCGCUGGCUAGGGCUGGUUCGGCAACCGACCAAGAAAUCGCAAAAAUGAAGCGGUAA